CCAUGAAAACUACAUAAUGCACAGCAUUCAAGAAAAGAGGAAGCAAUAUCAGACCUUUUCUCCACCGCUAAAUCAUAUUUAAGUUAGUGGUGUUUUAUUUUUAAGACUCUAUUUCGUAUAAAGUUUACCUAAGCAUAUAUUCAGAUUAUAUACCAGGGAAAAAGACAGCCAACGAAGAUCUUGACUAUGAAACGAAGAAGUUUGAAAAGACCAAAGUCUGGUGUGGUUAAGAUUGGAAGAGCUUUAAACAGAGUAAAAUGUUACGUACGUGUUCGUCCACUAAGUUCAACAGAAGUCGACCGAGAAGAUAAAUUAGCCGUUGAAGUUUCGGAGAAUGGCAAAAAGAUAACGGUUAACGACAGUCGCAUUGGUCUUGAUAAGAACUAUCAGUUUGAUCAGGUCUUUCCACCAACAACCACCAAUGCUGAGAUUUCUAACUUUAUUUGUAAACCACUGGUGAAUGCUGCUUUGAAUGGUUUUAAUGGUACAGUAAUGGCAUAUGGUCAGACUGGUUCAGGUAAAACUCACACGUUGAUGUCCCCGGAUGGAAUAGCAGCAACCAUAAUUGAAAAGUGUUUUCAUAAAAUGACUAGGAAUGUCAACUUCCAAUAUAAAGUUUCAAUGUCCUAUCUACAAAUUUAUCAAGAAAAAAUCUACGAUUUGUUGAAUAAUUCUACUCCGAGUAAAGUUGAUCUUACAAUUCGAGAGCAUCCACAGAAAGGAAUAUAUGUGGAAAAUCUAUCAGAAUAUGUGGUUCGCGGACCUGAAGAGGUGCGUUCUCUUAUGCAACUGGGUAAGAAAAGACUUGUGUUUGCUGAAACGAAAAUGAAUCGAACAUCAAGCAGAUCUCACUCCGUUUGUAUCCUAUCGAUUGAACGAAGUUCAGCGCAUUUUGACAAAGGGAAACCAACGUCGUCGUCCAUAAUGCAAAAAAAAUUUGAUGAAAAAAUUCACCCGACCCAGGUCUCUGAAGACGUUCAUAGUUCAAAAACAUCUCAACAAGAUGAAGGUUCCAGUGAUAGCGAGAAUGACGAUGAUGUUUUGUCGAAAAUGAUGGCGUUUAAUGAAGAUGUCGUUCUCAAAGGACAUUUAUACAUUUGUGACUUGGCUGGAAGUGAGCGCAUAAAGAAAACGAAUGCUGAAGGAGAAAGACUGAGUGAAGCUCAAUACAUCAACUUCUCUUUGCUUGAAUUGGGAAAUGUGAUACAAGCGUUAGCUGAAAGUAAUGAAACUGGCCGAACUGGCCAUAUUCCUUUUCGAAACUCCACUCUCACUCGUCUUUUGCAAGAAAGCUUCGGUGGAAAUUGUAAAACUAGUCUUGUGGUUUGUUGUUCACCGUCUGAAAUUCAUGCUCACGAAACCAAAUGCUCACUGAAUUUCGGCUCUCGAGCAAUGAAAAUAAGGAAUACAGCCUAUGUGAAUGUUGAGAUGGAUUACAAAAAACUCAGCGAUGAUUUAGCGAAAAUACUUGAUGCAAGAGAUAAAGAAAUUGAACAACUAAAAGUGAAGCAGAAGCAUGAACUUGACAUUAUUAAGAAGGAAGCGACGCUUGCAGCUGAAAUUAAAUUUAGUGACGAAUUAAGUGAAGCUAAGAGGGCUUACGCUUCGUUACAGCAUUUAAUGGAUUCACAGGCGAAUGUGCAUGCAGAAAGUAUGUUGAAACUCCAAGAUGACUUGUCUCGGGAAAAAGACUCCAGACUUGUUCUCGAAAGAAAACUAAAAAACGAACGUGGCAUUGUUGAUGUUACAAAGAGUCGGAGAACAAAGUGUCUUCUUCUCAACGAGGUUCUUUCUAUGCAACUAUUCUACGCUCUGGAAUGUACUGCUCUUGGUACAAGUGAAAUGAAAAGUGAAGCUUCAAAACAUUUGACUACAUCUGAUACUGCUGUCGAAACACAAGAUGAGAUUCUACGAAAUAUUGAUCAUCAUAUUGGUGUGUUACAAACAUAUUUGCACGUGACUGAAAGAGAUCUUUCCAAAAUAAAUGGCGAAGAAGUGUAUGACGAAAAAUGGAAGCUAUCUUUUGAAUUGAUUGAAGAUGGCAAGGACUUUCAAACACUUGUCGUUAAGAUACGAGAUCGUUUGAAAAUGCUCAAGGACAAUGUGGACGAUAGAAUUUUAAAGCUUCUUCUGAGAUUUAUUCACAGUAAAGAAUCAUCAUCGAUUGAGGGAAUGAGUCAAGUGUACCAGGCUUUGGAACAGUUUUUACUCUCCACAAAAGAGACUUCAGAAUCAAAAUUUUUAGAGAAUCCUCAGGACAUCGAGUCUUGCCUCACCUAUGUUUUGUUGGAUAAGGCUUUAUUGUGCUGUUUGGUCGUCUUAAAACGCAAUGCUUUGGAGAAAAAUUGAAUGCCUUAGGGAAAGAAAACGAAAAAAUCACGGAAGAGCUUGAGACAACUUGCAGAGAAAAUAAGUUAUUGCUAAAAGAGAUUGACAGCUUAAGAGAUCAGCUUAACAAGAAUCGACCCUCGGGCGAGCAUUCUAUAAUGAGUGGAGAAAAUCACCCG